AUGUCCGCCAACCCCACCACUGAUCCUGUACCCGCCAAGGCCGUUGCUGCAGAGGAAGAAGAAAUCGACUUCUUUGCCUCUGACGGUGAGGAGGAUCCCGAGGCCGAGCGCGUCAAGGCCGAGCGUGUCGCCGCCUACAACGCGAAAAAGGCUGGCAAGGCUAAGACCGUGGCCAAGUCCCUCGUAACCCUGGACGUCAAGCCGUGGGACGACGAGACGGACAUGGCGAAGCUCGAGGAGUCCGUGCGCUCGAUCGAGAUGGACGGGCUCGUGUGGGGGAGCAGCACGCUCGUUGCGGUCGGCUUCGGGGUCUCGAAGCUCCAGAUCUCUCUCGUCGUCGAGGACGAGAAGGUCUCCCUGGAGGACCUGCAGGAAAAGGUUGCCGAGUUCGAGGACUACGUCCAGAGCACAGAUAUCGCUGCCAUGGCGAGUACGUUGUUUGCGCUCAUCCCCUCUAUCGCGGACGAUAUCUGA